CGUUUCCAACUCUAUAUUCUCAGUAGCCGCUCUUUCCGAAGUCCGCGACGCACGCUUCGCAACUCGAGCCCUCCACGCGAAAAUGAAUCGUAUUUAAAUCAAAUUUCAAAAUUAAUUGUAUUAUUUUCGCGUGCCUUAAUAUUCGUAGUGAUUUUAUUUAAAAUGAAGUUCUUCCUUACUCACGUUCCUAGUGUUACGCUCAUUUCCCUUGUUUUACUUGCCAGUGCACAAAAAUCGUCGAAUAAUCUUCGUGAUGUUGAUGUACAAGAAUUGGCGAGGCAGAACAAAAUCACGACGCAGAUUUUGGAGGCAUUUAUCCAGAAGAAACUUGGCCUUGCCAGCAACAAUUAUAGAGCACCGUCAAUUUUUGACAUAAUCCCUAUGAAAAAACCAGAAGAGCGGACUGUCAGACAGUCCAUGAAUGAAGAAGAACCAGAACAACAGGAAACUAGUACUGUAGAAGAUACAGAUGUUAACGAAGAAAGUGACGCGGAUGACUCAAAGUUUGAAGAUUUAAAGGAAUAUUCGGAAUAUGAUGGAUUACAAAGUGUGGAGAGCGAGCAGAUAGAUUCUAUAUUAUAUUCAGAAGGUAGGAGUAAAAAGUAUUCCAGCCAUUCAAUAGACGCCGAUUCGGAUCAUAAUAAUUAUCAUUGCUCAAGCUGCGGUGACGAUGAGUUGGGUGUAACUCGGUGGACUAUGCCACUGCUCAAGAGUGGCGAGAAGCGAUACUACCUCGGAAUAUUCUUUAAGGCCAACUGGUUUAAAGCCCAGCAGUACUGCAGAUUCCACGGAAUGCAUCUCGCUUCGAUUUCAUCUCAGGAAGAAAACGAUAGGCUUGAAAAAUACGUCAGAGAAUCAGGCUUUGGUCGCGAGCACUUUUGGACUUCCGGCACUGACUUAGCUGAAGAGGGCAGUUUCUUCUGGAUGGCAAACGGCAGGCCGCUCACUUUCGUGAACUGGAACGCCGGAGAACCCAACAACUUCAGAUACGAGAACGGAGAAGAGGAGAACUGCUUGGAACUCUGGAACAGAGACGACAAAGGUCUUAAGUGGAACGACUCCCCUUGCUCUUUCGAAACUUACUUUAUCUGCGAAGUUCGAACUGAUUAAAUCUAGAAACGAGACACGACAAGAAUGAAUAUAAAUUUAAUUACAGUACAAAAUAUUUUAAUUUUUUUGUAUGUAUUUUUUAAGUACAAACAAUACCCCAUAUUUAUUUAUAUUACUACAACUACAGCGCAUUUUAUAUAGAAGUAAUUCAUUAGGUAAUUUAAAAUUAAACAAAGAAAAGAUAUUGUCAUCUUUUUUAAAAUGUAGGCUUAAAACAACUGCUAUAUUAAACAGUAUGACUGGUGAGACAAAAAACAAUGAAAUUAACAAUACUCGGUACUCGAUCCUAUCAUACUAAUUAUGUAAUUAAGUAAUUAUUUUUUAACAAAUCUACCUAUAAAUAAAUGAAGUAUCGAUACACCACUGCAUUGCUCUACUCUUACGUUAGCUAAGGGCAAGCACCGACUGGUCCGUGUGCCCUUGCGGUGACCAUGCGUUGCGAAAUUUUAACUUUUGGUGAAGUUUACUAAGUAGUGUAUCAGUAUUUUUUUUUCAAAUGAUCGCCGUAUAUACGUACGUACGCUCUCAAGAGUGUUGAAUUUGUCUCACCAGUCAUGCUGUAUUUGAAUGGAACACCAUAUUAAAAAGAAACAGGGAUUAGGUUUAAGAAAAUGUUUCAAAAUCUAAGGAUGAAAUGCAGUAUCAUUUAACGAUUAAUGAAAAAUUGAAUAAAAGAUAUUCCUCUGAUAUUGCUUUGAUUAAGUAAACAGCAAUUUAGUUUUCUCCUUUCAUUUUGGAACAGCAAGGGGUAAAAUCCUGAUUUCAACUAUUUAUUGACCCUUUAUUUCGAUUGUCCUUUACUAAUACUAUUCAAUUUUCUUGUCGUGUCAUUAUAUAAUCAAAAUUCAUGUUGUGAUAAACAGUAGUUAGUAUGCUAGAAUUUAAUCAUCCCAAAAUGUAGAAAAAUGAUGAAGAGGUCAGUACAAAGGGAGAAGAAUCGCUACAUUAUUACAGGAAUGUUGUACCAGCUAGAUGUAAUUAAAUUAUUUUUAAUUGAACACAAAAAUGUAAAAUAAAAACGGAAUCAAAAAAACUUAGCUAUUAAGACUACUGCCGGUUAUGUUACCAAUUACUACAUCUAGUAGGAAGUAUUCUUCUGUAUUGAAUCAAGAUUUAUUAAAUUUUUUAUGUCAAUUUACCUAAACCUAACUACUUAAUAGUCAUCACUCAUAGUGCAAAUACCGUAAAUGGAGAAAGCACCUUAAUAACGAAUGAUAAUUAAAAUACAUUUUCGAUCGACAUUUCUCUUUCAACAGUUUGUUUUACUCUUCAGUAACGACUUUCAAACAGUUGAGACAUUUGUUUUAUAAUGCCAUUCGUAGGUUUAAUCCCAUGUAUCCAAUGUAUCAUUCAUCAAAACAAAAUUAUGCUACUUUUCCAAACCUUAAAAGAGCAUUCUGUAACAUAAAUCUUGAUGAGCUCUGAAUAGAAUCUAAAAAUCCCUGUUCUUUAUCUUUUCUCUCAUGCCAUCUUUAUAUCUAUUUACUCUCCACAAAAUUAAGCAAUUCAUCUGUAAAUAAGUUAAGUAUUUUCUUGUAAUGAUCGGCUUUUCCGUUUUUAUUUUCAUCUCUCUUCAUUUCUUAUCUUUCUUCCACAUAUGACGAACUGUCUACCAACGCUUUAUCUUUCUAAUCUGAAUCUUUAAAACUAUUAUUGCUAAAUUCUUAUCUGUGUCCUUAUAUCAAUUUACUGGUUCAAUACUCUCAAACUUUGUACUAGAUGUAAAAGACCAUUUUGGUCGAAGGACUAAUGUCCAUAGUCAACUUAGCAUAUUUUAUUUGUAAAUAGAUGUAAGUUACAAACGAAUACAAACUCAUUAGUUGUUAA